AGAAGGUGUGCAGCCUUACAGUCUAUAUGUGCUGCUCUCAAACUCACAUUGAUGUCGCUGCUGCACAUUUUAGGCACGCAUCGCACACGAUCACCCAGGACAGACGCACUUUUUAGUCCAGACAACAACGACGAAUAAAAUCCGAGGAAGGAAGAUGGACACUGAGGAAGAAAGUGUCCUUCGGUCCCGCUGUCGUGCCAUUCCUAAAAUGCCAGUUCUCCUGACCUCAACAACACCAUGGAUGGUGGAUCUCAAACAGAACACCCACAAAAUGGUGAAAACUACUUGAAAACAAAUGGAAAAAUUGAAGUGGAACACGUAAUAAGCAAAAAACUACAGCUAAAAAGAAGGGCUGAGUUCCUGAAAAGUGACCUGAUGCGUCAGUUUGACAGCCACGUCAAUGACUUUAUGGACAGUCUCAUUGAGGAAUCUGCUAGUCUAGAGCCUGCACCAGUAUCUGCUGUCUUCUCCCCGCCCCUAUCAGACAAGGAGAGGAACAAACUCCGGCAUUUUCGUCCCCCUCAUGGACAAGGAAAACAAUUUGUGAGUCGGCGGUCUCUCUUAGAUGAAUUGUUUGAAGUCAAUCACAUUAGGACCAUUUACCACAUGUUCAUUGCCCUGCUCAUUCUCUUCAUCCUCAGUACUUUAGUGGUGGAUUUCUUGGAUAAAGGCAGACUUGUUCUGGAUUUUGACCUACUUGUUUAUGCGUUCGGACAGUUUCCUUUGGUGGUCUGCACAUGGAUUUGCAUGUUUUUGUCUGUCCUUGUGGUGCCGUACACACUGUUCUAUUUUUGGUCCCAGAGUCAAACUGGUUCUUACAGUUAUCCCAAGCUCUGUACUGUGCUGUUUGGUUUUGUGUACUUGCUGUACCAGGCUCUGGGUCUGGGACUUUUGCCUGCUUAUGUUGUUGUGAUCAACAAUUUGCCUCCUGCGUCCCGCUUCAUCAUUAUCUUAGAACAGGUCCGCUUGAGUAUGAAAGUCCAUUCUUUUGUUAGAGAAAAUGUGCCAAAAGUGUUAUCUUGGACCAAAGAUAAAGGGAGCCCCAUCCCACAGGUCCCUCAGGUUUCUCAUUAUCUGUAUUUCUUAUUUGCUCCAACUCUUAUUUAUCGAGACAAAUAUCCGAGGAACCCAGUGACAAGAUGGGGCUAUGUGGCCACAAAGUUUCUUCAGGUUCUAGGCAGUCUGUUUUAUGCCUAUUAUGUGUUUGUACGGCUGUGCAUUCCUCAAUUUCGCAGCAUCAGUCUACAGUUCUUUGACCUACGGGCCAUGGUUCUAUGCGUCUUCAAUUCAAUACUACCAGGAGUAUUAGUUCUGUUCUUGGGAUUUUUUGCCUUCCUUCAUUGCUGGCUGAAUGCUUUCGCUGAAAUGCUUUGUUUUGCUGACAGAAUGUUUUACAAGGACUGGUGGAAUUCAACCUCUUUUGCCAAUUACUAUCGCACAUGGAACGUGGUGGUUCAUGAUUGGCUUUACUACUAUGUGUAUCGUGACUUUCUGUGGAUAUCACAGAAACGUUUUCGAGCAGGAGCCAUGCUUUUUGUAUUCACAGUGUCCGCUGUGGUCCAUGAGUACAUCCUCGCAGUCUGCUUUGGCUUCUUCUACCCUGUACUGUUUUGCCUCUUCAUGUGUUUUGGAAUGAUGUUUAACUUUAUUCUACAUGACCAAAGAAAAGGACCCAUCUGGAACAUCAUCAUGUGGACUUCCUUGUUUUUGGGCCAGGGUGUCAUUAUCUGUCUGUACUCUCAGGAGUGGUACGCCCAAAUCUACUGCCCUUUGAAAGAGCCCGCCUUCUUUGAGUUAUUAAAGCCGCGAUCCUGGAGCUGUGAGAGAGGUACAAUUGCAGACUAAAACCUGUGUUUGGAUUGCUACCCCUGAGGAUUCUUGAGUAAAUGCCAGCCAGCCUUUCUUACUCUUACAUGGUUGUUUUAUUAUAAUGCACAAGAAAUUAAUGAAUGUAUGAAUAGACACCUACCAAUCAAGUGUAUCAAAAGUUUAACUAAAACAUCAACAGCUUUACUUUGUUUUAAGUUACAGUUACACAAAAAUCUAGCUAGGUCUCUUUAUUUUAUUUAUGCAUAUUAUGGGUUUCUAACACUUAAACACAUAAAUGGGGCUACUUAUUCUUGUCUUUGCAAUAAUGAAAAGGCAGCUAAAUACAAAUAUUAAUUUCAAGUACUAUUCAGAAAAUUAUUAUUUACAGUGAAAAGACUGUAAUGGUAUUGGCUUUAAUAUUGACUACAUUUGGUGAAAGAAUUUUUUCGAACUAAUGCUGUAUGGAUUACCAUGCACAUGGAACUUGCUUUCCAUAUAAUGGUAAAAUAAUGUGUCAAUAUAAAGUUUGUCUGAAAUAAAUUGUUGUCUUAAGAUGUUACCUGACGCGUGACAAAAAGACCUUCACCCACAUUUUCUUCUUGCUCAAAAUACAUAUGACCACACGGUGGCAGUGUAUUAACUACCAAUGGACCACAUAUGCACAAAUGUCAAGACAUAUCAGAAUUUUGAUUAAACGAUCUCAUUACGUUUUGUUGUGAGCUAUAUGUAUUAGUUUAUUAUGUCUUAAUGAGAACGUUCAUAAUGAUGUAUACUGCAGAUCUACAUACUUUGUAUUUUUGAAGUUACUAUUUAUUUAUCUGUUCAGCCAUGAAGUUAUUUAAAUUAACUGUGGAUUAAUAUUACUAUGAAAAAUAAAUGUUGUCAAACAAUGCUGA